CUCCAAGCUGAACUCAGCUAUUUGCUGAAUCAUGCACUCAUUUCGUUACUUAUUUCAUAACCAUAUUUAUUCAUUUGAACAAUUCCAACAGCAACAGCGCUUCGCGCCGCUUCAAGCGCCACAUGUUCUCCCUCUGUACCUGGAUACUUCCUGCCUGCAGCACCGAAGGACUCCGCCAGUGACGUCUGUCUUGCCCGAGCAGCAGUACCUGACUCUGCUCUCCUCUCAGCCUCAUCAUAAAUGUCUCGCGUUUUGUGUUGUGGUUUAACCUGAGGUGUCUCACAGGGUUUGUUGUGUUGCCACAACUCCUUACCGUUUUCCCCCAAAAAUGACAAACCCCGUCUUGGCUGUUCGUGAAGCUCAAAUAUCUCCAGACAUGACGCAAUUAACGCUCAGCCAUUAUGUCUAAAGACUGACUGACGCAUUACGCACUUACUCAGGCGGAAGACAAAGUAGUUCCCACCAACCACUUAUCAUUAGACAAGAUCUCAAUAAUUUAGUUACUUUCCACUGUGUUCCUGUUAAUGAUAUACAUUACAUCAAGGGACUGAAGUAUCAAAAGUAUCAAUAUUUUGAUUUGAGAAUCGAUUUUAGAGCAUAAAGAUCUGGUAUGGGUGGCAUCGAUAUUUCAGUAUCGAUCCGCAACCUCACUAAAGAAGACGGAACUACAGCCAUGUUUGGAAACCUUCUCGCGUUAUUGCAAGUUUUUCCUCUGAAAACUGAAUAAUUGUGUCCAAAAUUCGAAACGAUGUGAUAGCAUGUCGUCGAUGCUGAUUGUUUUCGGGUCCAUCGCCGUGUUCACGAUGUCGGGGUUGUGCUGUCGUCCUAAUGAAUAUGAAACAACGUCUGGGGAGUGCUGUCCGAGGUGUCUUGAAGGCACGUUUGUUCGUCGAGACUGUACAUUACAAUCGGGCACACGGUGUGGCCGCUGUGAGAAUGGGACUUUUAUGAGCAAACCCAAUGGCCUGAACAGGUGUUUUCCCUGCAGUUCCUGUCAACAAAGUUACGGCCUCUUUGUCAAACAGGAGUGCACAACAAUACAUGACACAGUGUGUGAUGUUUUAAGUGGGUAUUUCUGUAAAAGUUUGACAGAAGACACAGGAUGUGGUCUGGCAGAGAAACAUACACACUGUGUCCCUGGUCAAAGGAUUAAAGAAGCAGGCACCAGCAGAGCUGAUACAGUGUGUGAGGACUGUCAGUCAGGCUUCUUCUCUCAGGAUGGUGUGAACUGCACAGCUUGGAAGACGUGCACAGAAACCCAAUCAAAGGUCAAAGAAGGAAGUACGAGCACUGAUGUCGUCUGUGGAAGUGCUUCGAGAAAUCAUUACUGUUAUAUUCCCCUGUUGUUGUUAUUAUUAACAGUUUCUGGGAUUGUGAUCGAAGACAGGACCGCGUUCACAGAGUUAAACUGGAGAGCUGCGGGACUGCGGUCUGCUCCGGAGGUUUAUACCAUCACAGACACCCAAUCCUGCUUCGUGCCCACAGUGGAGGCGACACAAGCGGCGCAACAAGGAGGAAAAGUGGGGUAAGCGCGGAGGUAUCCGGGCUAAGCUAGCGGCUACCCCACACAAGCCGGCUAUCCCUACCAUCGUACUGGCCAACGCUCGUUAGAUAACAAGACUACAUUCAUUUACUCCGCUCAGCCCUGAGGACCGUGAUAAAGUGCUGUUUUUGUGUACCAGACCAUCAUUCAGCUAGACCUGCUAAUAUGCCACCGAGCGGACGGAGCUCUCGUCGAGGUCGGAAAGACCCGCGGCGGUGGGUUCUGUGUUUAUGUCGAUGAAGCCUGAUGUCGGGACGCUGUUGUGCUCUGCAAACGCUGCUCAGCACCGGUGGAACUCACAGUAAGCAAGUGUCCGUCGUUCUAUCUACCGAGGGGAUUUACGGCCAUGUUACUUGUAGUUGUUUACAGAGUGAGGCACUGACCGAAGUGUAGCAGCACAUCACUGAGCAGCAGACAGCCCACCCAGAUGCUUUUCUCAGCCUGGCUGGGGAUUUCAACCUCAUAGUUCCUAAAAUACACCAACACAUUAACUUUCCUACACGAGGAAGUAACACACUGGACCAUGUUUUUAACCACCCACCUACCUCACUGUCUCCGACCGCAUCGCUUAUGCUAAAGUCACCAAACCAGCUCGGAAGCAGGUACGUGUGUCUCCAGAAGGAUCUUCAGAGCUGGGGACGGGGUGCGCCUGAGGACAGCUAGGGCCAACCUGUCCCGAGGCAUCAGAGAGGCCGUGAGGCAGUACUCCAGGAGGAUAAUCCACUGCGUCAGCGACCGCAGAGACACUCGGAGUCUGUAGUGGAGGAAACAGAACAUUACGGACUACAAGCCCGCUAUGCAGACCUGCGACAGCUCCACCUCGUUGCUGAACGAGUUGAACAACUUCUCCGCUCGCUUUGAAACACACACACACCCGGCGACCAGGCGAUGGAGCCCCGGACAGCACGAGGAGAUCCCUUGGCAGAAUUAAUAACCCGCAAAGCUCCGCGUCCUGACGGCAGACCUGGUCACGUACUGAGAGACUAUGCAGAGGAACUCACCCCUCACACAGAGUCCCCGCCCCAGGAGACAGACUUGAGGACUGGUUCAUCCACCAGGCUGUCGGGAAGCUCAGCUCCCUCCCUGCUCUGCCCCCUCUCCGCCUUCUGCCCUUUUUAUGUUUACAUUUUUUAUUUGGUGUUCUACUUACUACCCAGUGGGUCUUAUGCAAUUUCAAUCCUCUGUAUGUGCUGCACAUAUGGCAGAAAUGACAAAAAAUGUUCUUUUUUUGAGUUUUUCACUUUGA